CAAACGAGUAAUUUCACGGUGAACAUUUGCCUUUGGUCAUCAUCUCAUGAAUCAUGGAACCAAUUGGUGUUCAAUGAUCGGCAAGUAAGAAUAAGUAAAUUAGGUACCCAUCGCUGAACGACAUCACUUAGUUCGCCUGGAACAGAAAACGGGAUAGUACCUACUAAAAAAACGAGAGCUGAAAGAGUGAAAACUAAGAGAAAAACUGAAAUGCUAAUGCUCGUUCGUAGCCUGUUAGGAACGAUGUCGAGUUUCGUUGUUCUAGUUCUAAUCGCGGUAAGUUUGGCCACGCACAUUGCGAGCAGUCAACUAAUCAGACCAAACCACGUCUACCAAAGCCUGAUAUCUGGUGUGCACGACUACUUCAACAGCACGUGCAUCAUACUGCUGCACGCGACGAUUGAUCCGAUGGCAACGAAAGGAACAAUAAAUACCGUGCGUUUGCGAAAUCUUCAGUUGUACCUUUCCCGAGAACGACAGACGCGAACUGCGAUCAUGGACCUCGGCACCUUCACUACAAAAGUCGGUCGAUCAUAUUUUAACAUCAAACGGCCACUGUUCGUCAUUCUCAAUGAUCAAGGGAACGUACAACAGCUUCUGACAAAUCAGGUAUCUACGUGGAUAACUAUGGCCUACCCAACGUGGAUGAUAUUCUUGAGCGAAGGUUCCAGAGCGAGCGAUUUCUUUUCUCGCAUGGACAUACCGUUUGACUGCGAAUUCCUGGUCUCGGAAAGUAACGGGACGAUGGAAGUAAUUACGGAGGUGUAUCGUGUCUCUCCAGGGGAUGUGUUACGUGAUUUGCCCUUUGGAACAUGGAGCCCUACUGAUGGGGUCAGGACAACGAGGCUGACCUUUUAUCAACGGCGAAGCAAUCUUUUCGGGAAGAAACUACGUGUCACCUCGAUAGAGAAUCCACCGAUGUCAACGAUCCUAACCGAUGAACAUGGUGAAAUGAUUGGUGUUGGCGGGUUGUUCGGUCGGAUCCUGGAAAUACUUCAAGAAAAAAUGAAUUGCACGUUCGAAUACAUCGCGUGUGACUCGUGGGGUUCGAUAUCCCCGAAUGGAACCUGGAACGGAAUGAUUGCUUUGUUGAAUGAAAGAAAGGCCGAUCUGGCUGCCAGUGAACUAGUGAUAACCACGUCACGAACACAGAUCGUUGAUUUCACCAUACCAAUUGUAUCCUCCAGAUUCCGUACCUACAUCCAAAGACCAUCGUUUGCAUUUGUCAAGUGGCGAGGCUACACGGCACCCUUUUCAACGAACAUCUGGAUGACCGCUGGAUCGCUGAUAAUACUUUCCAGUAUCAUCAUCGUUUGGAUGGAAUAUGCCGAAUCAUGUUUGAAUCAUCACAAAAAUUUAAAUAAUUCAAGAUUUACGGAGACCAUUUUGUCAGUUUUUGGAGCUUUUUGCGGCCAAGGCAUAAUGCCCUCCUCGAUGACAACUGCGAGGACCAUUCACCUGGCGAUUCACCUGACAGCAGUCAUUCUAUUAGCCGCCUACUCCGGAGCUCUGGUCAGUUUCUUAGCCGUCCAAAUGUUCACGAUGCCGUUCACGACGAUGGAAGGUCUGUUGGAAGACGGUACCUACAGAUUCGGAGUUGUCUCAAAAUCGGCGGAGUACAAUUUGUUCAGCAAUACAUCCGACUUAGUGCUUCGAGCGCUGUUUGAAGAGAGAAUGGAGUCGGACGGACAGUUACCACGAAACUACCUCGAGGGGUUACAACGUGUUUGCGAACAAAAUAAGUACGGUUUCAUGAUUACGGACACCAUGGUCGAGGCACUUGAGAACCGAGUUGACUGCAUAAUCGAAGCACUCGAAACUAUGCUGCAAACUUCUUUAGCCAUGGCCGUGGCAAAGAAUAGCCCUUACCGAGGGAUCGUCAACGCUAACAUUCUAAUGAUGAGGGACAGCGGUAUUCUGAAUCGCAUAUUCAAGGCCGAGUGGCCGAUUAAAUUCACCAAGGUAUACCAAAAUACGAUUAGGGCUAAGCAGCAAUGGAGUUCUGUUGAAUUUGGGGAUAUCGUUCCGCUGAUUCUCGUCCUUGUCUGCGGUAUUAUUCUUGGGAGUAUUUUUUUUUGCGCCGAGAAAUUUAUCGCCUGGCAAUCUGCAUACCUCAAAUACGGUAACGAAAUACACCGCACCGAAAUUAGGAGUCUUAAUUGAUUAAAUCAUAUAU